AUGUGUACGUAGAAAGAGAGGCCUUCCCCGUGUGGAUAUGGUCCACAUCUUCCCUUAAUUGUCAGUUACACUCUGAGUACCUUCGAGGGAGUACGCUACAUUAGCGUCUAUUUGCAUAAUAUCGAUGUGUUGUGUCCUCUCUGAUUCUUGUACUUGUUUGUUGUUCCCCGCCCUUGAUUUGAGUCGAGACAACUCGAUUGUGAUUGAUUUCAAUCCUUCUGAUUUUGCUAUUCCAUUUUGGUUGACAUUGUCGGUGUCUGGUUGGGAGUGCUGCCCUUGAAACUGAAGCUGAGUGGAAAGGCUUGUUCCGUUGCUGCUUCAGCCUUCGCCAACGCCAAAUUUUCCUUCCCUUCGCCCAGCGUGACUGCAUUCAGCCUUCAACUGGGCCCCAAGAGUGGCAGGCAGCCAGCACCACACUGGACGAACGGCGGCGGCGAGGGCGACGCCGAAACAAGGCUCUUUUGGCUUCAGGCGCGCCUCAAUUGAAGGCCAAGGCUUGAAGGUCAGGGGCUUGAAACAACCAAACUUUGGUUCAACCUUAGUUUUGUUCCAAGUGUGGCUCUUUAUUGGAGUGGGAUCAUAGCAUUGAGCCGCAACGUCGUCCUUGGACAUUCAAGAGUGGUGCUUGUUGGUUGUUAAACUUGUGUUGACUGGAGGGAUCGUUAUCCUGACUGGUUGCAGUGAGUAAUAUUCAUGCAAGGUUGAAAAGCCAGUUGGCUCCAUCACCAUUGAUGAGGUGAUUUUCUCGCAGUUGGUGAUCGAACGAGCAGAGAAGGCCGUCGACAAUGCCCGAACAAUCCAAUGACUAUCGAGUGGUGGUCUUUGGAGCUGGAGGCGUGGGCAAGACCAGUCUGGUACUCAGAUUCAUACACGGGACCUUUAGGGAUUCCUACAUUCCAACCAUUGAAGAUACAUACCGCAAAGUGAUUUCCUCCAACAAUUCCAUAUGUACCCUGCACCUGACGGACACGACUGGGUCUCACCAGUUCCCCGCCAUGCAACGACUCUCCAUUUCCAAGGGCCACGCCUUCAUCCUCGUCUUCUCAGUCAUAUCAAGACAGAGCUUGGAAGAGCUCAAGACAAUUCUAGAAAUUAUUAGUGAUGUGAAGGGCGUCCUCGAUGGGAUUCCUAUCAUGUUGGUUGGGAACAAAUGUGACGAAGAACCAUCCAAACGAGAGGUCAAUAAGAAAACGGGGGAAGCCCUGCAGCAAAUGUGGAAGUGCAAGUACAUUGAAACUUCGGCCAAAGAAGGCACCAACGUCACCGAACUCUUCGAAGAGCUCCUGAAACUCGACAACUCCAGACAACUCUCGCUCCAACCCAUUGAGAAAACAGAAACUAAGGGUGGCAUGAGGAAAAUCAAAGACAAAUGUGCUCUCAUGUAGAGAUAAGGACCCCUCCCAACAAGUCCCUUUGGGUUUGAAUCGAACCCUUGGCCAUGAUCUUUUAACCGGCGCACAACUAAACAUCCAUGAAAAAGACAAUUUUUUUGUCUGUGGCUGCCCUUUGCCAAUUUGGAAAAAAACACCGCCGCCACCCGUUGACAAAUGGUUAUCCCGUUGCUCUUCAAUUUCCUGAAUUAUCCUUGACUGAUACCUCUGAAUUGAUUAACUUAAACUGCUUGAACGUGCAAUUGUUACUGCAAAUAUCUUGCUCGGACAUAUUUUUAAUUAUCGACCCUUUCCGAAACUGCUACCCUGUUCGUUUUCGUUCUUCUGGCCCUCUUCUGUUUUCGCGC